AUGGAACCCGAUGAAACUAUCCAAAAUUAUUGGGAGGUCCAACAGCGAUUGCUAGACCAUGCAAAUUAUGUAUAUCAGGGGUGGGAUAGCAAUCGGCUGACUCAUGACAUCGCCAUCUGGGAUGCAAUAGACGGUUCGAGGAAUCUCUACUCUGACCAGGGCAAAUUGAAGGAGGCGGAGAAGAUUCCACAACCUUGCCACGGCAACCUCUACGCCGAUCAGGGCAAGCUGGACGAGGCCGAGAAGAUGUACCAGCGGGCGCUGCAAGGAAAGGAGAAGGCAUGGGGUCCAGACCACAAAUCAACACUCGACUGUGAAUGCAUUCAUUCGUAUGGAAUUUGGGAGUGGGUUGAUGCUAAAACAGGCCGGUAG